AUGGGGAGAAUGGGGGAAAGGGAAAGAGGAGAAAUUUUCGCCAAGUACGUCAGACGACGUUUUAUCCAAGGUGACACCUUGCACGAUGUUGUUCGACAAGGUCUCAUGUGCUUGUACGCACUUGCACCUCACACUGUUCAUGAAGAGUCUUCUUUGCAAAUGGUUUUUGUGCAUAUCCAGACCUACCAAGGCAUGAUCGAUUCAAUCGCGAAACUGCGCAUGCAGGACAUGUGCCCGGCCAAUGACACAUCCUCGUGCAAACUGAGAAAAGAAUUAAUUUCAAACCUAGAAAUCUACCGACUAAACCAGCCGGGUGUAGCCGGAAGUGAAGGAGCUGUAGGCAGAUUAAAAAAACCAAAUUCUAUCGAUUGCACUCAACUCCUUUGGCUUCGUAGCAGAUAG